AUGUCCAAGGCACCCAAAACUAAAAGGACUGCAAUCCAUUAUCAACCCUAUCAGGCACUUAGUCAGAAUAAUGAAAGCGAUGAGCAAUCGAUUGAAACAAAUAUGUCGGAUAUUCCACUCGGUCUGGAUCCGGUGCUUACAGGUCUAUCGUCAAAUAUGAGCCGCAAUUUGUGGGACGACUGGAACGAGCAGGAUGCCAAUUUUGGUAUGAAAUUUGACAUGUACACGGAUGAAGUGAGUACGACUAGCUCACCAAGCAGUUCAAAUCUAAAUUUGCACAUUGACACCAGUGGAACCUCUUUAGGUUACGAACAGGAGCAAAACAUCUCGCUUGAUAUGAUGACGCAUCAUUCGCAUGUACUUGGAGAAGUUAUUACCCCGACUCUAGAAACUCAGCAAAAGCCGCGGGCAGAUGUUGAGCGGUCGCUAAGUGAAGACAUCGUCAAGAUGUUGAAUGAGACGAAUGAGACGAUAUUCUCCAAGCAGUUAGAUACAGACCAGCGCAGCAAUGUGGCCAUGCAAAGUAUAUCUUUUAAUCCCGGGCAGAACAUGAUGUCUAACCAGCAGCAAAUACAGCAGUUUCAGCAGCAACAAAUGCAAAUUAAAAUGGAACUACAGCUUCAGCAGCAGCAGCAGCAACAACAACAGUAUCAGCAGCAGCAACAACAGUACCAACAACAGGAGCAACAAUUCCAACAGAAUCCUGCUCCGAAUACCUCGAGCUGGAUGAACAACUUCGGUGGUGGCACUCGGGUUGAUGCAACCACGAUCACGUCGGCUUCUGGCAAACCCAGCAACCCGUCCGCUCCAUGUCAUCAGUCACACACAACAAGCUCUACAGCUUUUGGUGUUGUCGCUGCUGAGGGAACCGCUUCAUUGACUACUCAGUGUCCAGCAUCUCAAGUUCCAGAGACACCAGCUACAUCUUCGUCUUGUGUGCCCACUACAGCCCAAGUGGCCUCAAACUUGAAUAGCGCUAAUGAAAAGGAUGGAUUAGCGCGUACACAUUCUGGUGCCCCUUCUCCUAGCAGUGCUAGUAGCGAAGACGCCAGCGUGGCGAACAAGGCCAUUAACGCAGAUACGGAUCCGAGCAACAGUAGUAACAGCAAUGCAAGGCAAGUCAACGGAUUUGGUGCGCACGGAAUGAUGAUGAAUCCCUUCAUGAUGUACCCAAUGAUGGUUCCACAAGCGAUGAACAUGACGGGAUUGCCCAUGCAGAUACCUAUGGGGAUGAACGUGAAUGGAAUGAACAGCAUGAACGGAAUGAAUGGACUACCACUUCCGAUGCAAAUGCAAUUGCAGUUGCAAUUGCAACUGCAGAUGGCGCAAAUGGCGCAGAUGAAUGGAAUGGGCGGUAUGAAUGGAAUGGGCGGUAUGAAUGGAAUGGGCAGUAUAAAUGGAUUGGGCAGUAUAAAUGGAAUGGGCGGUAUGAAUGGAAUGCAGAUGCCAAUGGGGCUUCAAGGCAUGUCGAUGAAUGUGAACAUGCAGAUGCCUGUGAAUAUGAAUAAACAACAACAACAACAACAAUCAACAUCGGGUUAA